AUGGCCGAAGUGCUUUUCCCUUUCCCCCUGCUGUUUUCAUUCCCAUCACGAACGCAGGCCGGGCUCCGAACGCAGGGCCGGGCCGGGCCGGUGGCGGCUCCGCGGGCUGCGCUGCCCGGCCGGGCUGCCCGUGCGGCGACUGAACAAAGCUGGCGGUGCCGCCGGGACCGCCGCUCGGUGCUUAAAGGGCCCGCGCCGUGUCCAACCGAGCCGGCUCGGCUAUGGCGACACGGCCCGACCGCGCCAUUCCAGCCUGCCUCCGGCCCUGGCCGGCCCGCAGCGGCACCCAGGGCCCGGCCAGAGCGAGCCUCACGCCGCUCCGCCCGGUGGCCGGCGGCGCUGGGCCGGCGGUGGGCGCUGGGCCGGCGCGGCCCCUUUAAGAGGCGGUGCGGGUGCCGGGAACCCACGUCAGUUUCGGCCCCGAAACUCCGGAUCAAUGAGCGGCGGCGCGGGGCGGGGCGCAGCGCCCGGCCCGGCCCGGCCCGGCCCCCGCUGCCGCCUUUCGGUUUCUCUCUUUUCCGGGAAGAAAAACACCGGCGGGGACCGAGGCCGCGCCCCCCCCCCCCCCCCCGCCGCUUCCCUUCCCGCGCCCUCUCCCGCUUCCCGCCUCUCCCGCGGAGCCGCGAGCACGCGCGAGGCGCGCACGCGGCGGGGGAGCGGCGGCAGCAGCGAGGAGCGGCCCCGGCCCCGCGGCCCGACUGCCCCGCGCGCCCCGGCCGCCGCUGCCCUGAGGGGCCGGGCCGGGCCGGGCCGCCGCGCCGGGAGAGGAGCGGAAAGUGGGGAGAGCCCGAGAACUUCCCGUCUGCCCGCCCGCGCCUGCCCCGUCGGGCUCCGCCGAGUCCCUCCGGAGAGAUGUCCGAGCCUCCUGCUCAGUUUUGCAUCAAGCAGGAAAGAAUUUCGUACACACCUCCAGCGAGCCCGGUACCGAAUUACUCUUCGUCACCACUACAUGUCCCAGUGGCUCAAGCAGUCAGGAUGGAGGAAGACGCCAUCAGACUGCCAGCACACCUGCGUGAGUGUCAGCAUGAGGAAGACACGGUCAGACUGCCAGCACACCUGCGUUUGCAGCCGGUUUACUGGAGCAGGGAAGAUGUGGCACAGUGGCUCCGGUGGGCGGAGAAGGAGUUUUCCUUGCGGCCCAUUGAGAGCAGCACCUUCGAGAUGAAUGGCAAAGCUCUGCUGCUCCUGACCAAAGAGGACUUUCGAUACAGGUCCCCUCAUUCAGGUGAUGUUUUGUAUGAACUCCUUCAGCAUAUCCUGAAGCAAAGGAAAGCUCAUAUGCUCUUCACACCCUUCUUCCACCCUGGGAACUCUAUCCAUACUCAGCCAGAGGUCACAUUGCACCACAAUCAUGAUGAAGAUAGCUUUGUGCAGAGACCCUCGAGGCCACCUGCAGAAGCAGUCCACCACAGCACCCCAACCAUUGAACUGUUGCAUCGCUCGCGGUCGCCCGUCACCAACAACCACCGCCCAUCGCCGGACCCCGAGCAGCGGCCGCUCAAGUCCCCCAUGGAUAGCACCUUCCGCCGCCUGUCCCCGGCCGACAGAGUGCCAGGGACAAGGCACCAGUAUGAGAACAACCAGCAGGAGUCCUAUCCUCUCUCGGUGUCCCCAGUAGAAAACAACCACUGCCCGCCUUCUUCUGAGGUGCUCCAGAAGCCUUCCAGCCCUCGCCAGGAGAACACCAGGAUCAUCCAGCUGAUGCCCAGCCCUAUCAUGCAUCCUUUGAUACUGAACCCCAGGCACUCCGAUUUCAAACCACCGAGGUUGUCCGAGGAUGGGCUGCACAGGGACGUCAAGCCCAUCAACCUGUCGCACCGAGAGGAGUUAGCUUAUAUGAACCACAUCAUGGUGUCUGUCUCCCCUCCCGAGGACCACGCGAUGCCAAUUGGCAGGAUAGCAGACUGUAGGUUGCUUUGGGAUUAUGUUUAUCAGCUGCUUUCUGACAGCCGGUACGAAAAUUUCAUCCGAUGGGAAGAUAAGGAAUCGAAAAUAUUUCGGAUAGUGGAUCCCAAUGGGCUGGCUCGUCUGUGGGGAAACCACAAGAACAGAACAAAUAUGACUUAUGAGAAAAUGUCCAGAGCCCUACGCCACUACUACAAACUAAAUAUUAUCCGGAAGGAGCCAGGACAAAGGCUUUUGUUCAGGUUCAUGAAGACCCCAGAUGAGAUCAUGAGUGGCCGGACAGACCGCCUCGAGCACCUUGAAUCCCAGGAACUGGAUGAACAAAUAUACCAGGAAGAGGAAUGCUGAAGGAAACAGGUGUGCCACCUCUGUGGGUGCAGGGGAGAAACAUCUGCCUGAUGCUCGGCACGGUUUGGGAGGGAAAGCAACAACACAGGAGCAGUACUUAGGUCGCUGCUUAGCCUGAAGACCACGCAGGACCUGAAGCACCUUAACAAAGCUAACUAACCGGCAGAAGUGGUGCUGGCAGGAAAGCAAGGGGGAGAAGGCCCGGACUUACGCACUGCUUUGCUCUUCUACCGAGUCUCCCUCGAGUUUUUUCUUUCUUUUUGGCUUGUUUCAGUUUUGGGGGUUUUUGGACAUUUUUUUCCCUAAUAAACAUGCAGUUUGACUUUCCUUAUCUCACAUGGGACAAGACAUCAGAUUAUGCUUCUUCUUUUUUGGUUUUUUGUUUUUAGAAGGCUUUCCUAUGGAAAUAGAGUGCUCUUAUUUUCUGUUCAAGUCUCAUGACACAACACUGCAUAAACAAUAGCAACACAGAAGGGAUUUGCUCAAGGCUUCCAGUUUGCUUGGAUCAAUUUAUCUGUGCUGCCACUGGGAAAUGUGUUGAAGCUACCAAAAGAAUUUCUCACACAUACCUGUCAAAUGAAGAGGAGACACCCUUCACAUGUAGGCUGGGCUGUCAUCCCCACAUAGCUUGGGCUCACACAGAGUGCUCCGAGUGGCUGUUAACUGCUGGAAUAUGGACCAAAACCAAUCACCUAAGUGCUCCAGAGAGGAGAAAAAUAAAUGUGACAAACCUUUGCAAGUGACUAUCAGUUAACAUUUUCCCUCCUUCUAGCAAAGAAGUGAUAGAAUGGAGGAGGGGGAAGGGAGGGUGGGGACAAAUACAUAUAUAUAUAUGUGUAUAUAUAUCUAAAAGUUCCAUAUAUAUAUAAAUAUAUAUAUAGUCCUCCCCAGUAUAUUCACAACGCAGAGUUGUGAAUUUCAGUUCAGAGUUUUCUAUAAAAAGGAAAGACUGAAACAUCUGUAAUUACAGAAGGAAGGGGUGUUUCUCAUACCUGCUAGCAAUUUUGGGGUGAAAGGUGAAGUACUGUUCCUUACAUCACAGGGAGAAAGCAAAGGGACUCAUCACAUGGUUUGUAUUACUCAGAAGCCUCUCCAGGAUCAUUUUGUGCUGCUGGAGAGGCAGAUGAUUCACCACUCCAAAAUCUGAUGUUAGAGAACUAGAGACCAAAUAGCUAUACUUAUAUCUUGUAAUUGAUUUUGGCUUUGUUUUGGGAUUUGUUUUUUGUUUUUGUUUUUUAUGCCUCCCACUGCCCUCCCCCAUCCUACAGCUCUGCCAUCAAGGAAGCUUGUCCCAGCUUGCCUGUUUUUAACAUGAUUUAAGACAAGAGAAAAACAAACCCUACACCCGUGUUGCUUUCUUGGUUUGGGGUUUUGUUCUGGUUGCAAGAUGCCUCCAUUUGGUUUGCUGCACUGAGGGUGUUUGGCAUUAGGCAAAGAGAUAUAUCUAGUUUGGUCACAGAAAGCUCAGCAGGCCUUGAUGCCCAAACAAGAGAAACUGCUGGCCUGUUUCAUUUCACAGCUUGAACCACCAGGACAGGAAUGUCUGUGGUGUCCAGUGAUCCAUCAGCAGUGGUCCUUUGAAUGGAAGGAAGAUCUAGCAGAAAUGAUGCUUGCAGAGGUAGGAGCUGUAUAGGAAAACUGCAGGAAUCACAUGGUGCCUGAAAGAAAGCACGUCCACAGCAGUGCAUUAAAAGCAGAAAGCCUCUUUAAUGGAAACAUAAAAGAAACUAGAUCUGGAAAAAAAUCAAAAUGCUAAUCUAAUCCAUUUCAACCAAAAAACAAGGUACAUUCCCAUGAUAGAGCUUUUAUCAGCUAUUAAACCAACACAACAUUUGCUCUUUCCAUGUAUUUAACAAGAGGGUUAAUCUAUCCAGGAAAAAAUGUCACUUUGCAAUGAACAGUGUCCCCUGUGUUUAAACAGAGAUAGGCCAAUCUCACCAAAGACUUAAUAUUGAGUCACAGGUCGUAGAAGGAACAGCUUUGUUAAGGGUGUAGAUAAGCAUCGUACAACAAGGAGAGAUUUUUCCGAGCCAGUAUCUGAUGAGGAAUGACAGGGUGUACAUUUCUCCCUGAGCUUUGCCUAGCCACAUUUUCCUAUAAAAUCUCAGUAAGUUAAAAGUCCCAGCACACCACAUAUUAGAUCUGUUCUGCCUCAAAAUAAUGGACAGGGGAGUGUUUUUUAGCAAUGUGUCACCUGUCUCUGUUGUGACUCUGAAGUCCUUGGAGCUCAUGAGGCGUGAGAUUGGGAGACGUGGGACUUCAGUAGUCACAGAUCUGAAACCUAAGGUCCCUUCAGACCAAGGGCCCAAGGAGUUACUCUGUCACAUUGCUCAAGGGCCCCCAGCUUGCAGCCAGGUCUCAGGAGCUGGAGUGAAGUGGUGGAUUUGAUAGAUGGAGUGUAAUCAGAAGUACCAAUCUAAAGAAAGGCUCUGGCUGGAUCCUUGGUUGUCCAGUGGUAGAAAGUUUUUGCAGAUGAUUCAUCCUCUUGACUGCUGUGGUCUAGACAACUGCGUAACUGCAGUUCUUUGUCCUGCUGUUACAAGAUGGUGAGGGACCAAAACAAAACCAAUAGAGACUUUCUGUAUAAAGUGCUCUGAUGAGUCACAGCUUUUUGUCAUGGCCAAGGUGCACACUGCAGAAUACAGAGAACAAGAGACAAUCCACCCAUUUCCUCACCAUUAUCUAUCAAAUUAGGUCCAUCCUCAGCACCGGGUAAGACAGGAAAAUUAACGCAUUGUCCUGUAGGGAAGCUUUGUAGUGGAAAUGUUCACCUUUACAAAAAAAUGCAAUCACUUCCACUGCAAAAUCUCAGUCAAAGGGGAAGAAAUGUUUGUGGCUGUUGGAAACUUCCCAGUUCACGCAUAAAGGACAUCUUAAGACAACAUCAUCAGAACCACAGAGAAGGAGUUCUCUCAAGGCUGAUGCUAGCUGGAAUGAAAGUAGCCUUUGACCUUGGAAGAGGCCAGUCCCACAGAGGCCCUUCCUGUCACCUGCCAGCUCUCCAGGUGCCAAAGGGAAUGGUGUGGGUGACACUGGAGCUGCCAGGGCUGCAGGGCCUUGGGCCUGGGUGGGAACUGCAGGAUUUGAACUGCUCUUGGGAUCUUGAAGUGAGUUUACUAGGUAUGACUAAAAAUAAAAAAGUAGGCAGACGAGAGCAACUGCAGGAGAGAGAUUCCCACUGAUCUCACAUCCACUGGCAGAUCCAUGGGAGUGCAAAAACAGCAUUAACAUCCUGAGCCAUAGGAAUGCAUCGCUGCCUGCCAGGGCUAGCAAAGGUAACACUGUCUUUCCACCAACACUGACACCUGCCUUCCUCCCCUCCCCCAGUUUCUGAUUUCCCAGUGUAGAAUUUGCCAGCAGCAAAACAGCCAAACUUUCUGCCUUUGCCACCAGAGCGAGUGGGGAAAGGGAGAAAGCGUUUUGUUCUUGGAGACACACAAAAGUCACCUGGACACGGUCCUGGGCAGCUGCGCCUGGCUGGCCCUGCCUGGCCAGAGGGGUUUGACCAGAUCCCUGCCAACCUCAGCACCCCGCAAAGUUCUGAGCGGUUUAGUGGUUAUGCAAAGGUUAAGUGGGACUUUCAUUGUCCUCAGCUUGCUACAAGCCUCAGCAAGCCACAGGUCAGUCAGCUGGGACAUGCUGCAGCUCCACAGCAGAAUAUUUUCUUGAAUAAAGUUUGAAACCUGUUGACUGUCUCUCCAUCCAGAGAACACUACUGGGACCUUUCUGUGAACACUAAGUUGCUGCCAUCCUCCCCGUAUUUCAAACUCCACAUAUGCAUUCUCCAGAUCCUUUUUGUCAGACUGCAACUGUACGCAAAUCCAGCGUUUGAGGUCUUUUUUAAAAAAAAAUAAAAUUCUAGUGUUUUUAUUGAUGAAGGCUUUUGUUUUUUUAAGGUGUGGGGCUAAGGGACUGAAUCAAAUGAAUGUAACAAAACAGAAACAAACAAGCCUAUUCUCAGGGCCAGUGAGUUGCAAAUAAUUUUUUAAAUGCUUGUAAUUACAUCAUCUCAAUAAAAAAAAAUUUAAUAUAAAA